GCGAUGAUGGCGUGGCCAUAGUGGGCAUGACUCGCAACGUGCUUGUACAGAAUAUCACAUGCAUCAACGGCCAUGGCAUCAGCAUUGGAAGCUUGGGAGCAGAAGGGGCGUUGGGUUGCAUCCAGGGUAUUACAAUCCGCGACGUGACAUUCCGGGGCUCUAACAACGGCCUGCGCAUCAAGACGUACCAAGGCGGCGUGGGACUGGUGUCGAAUGUUUCGUACGAGAACGUGCAAAUGACGGAUGUUACAUAUCCCAUCGUCAUAAACCAG